UUCUAUUGGAGAAAUCCAGGAAGGUCCCGCCCUGUUUCGUUCCGUUUGCUUCUCUUUGGUUUCCAGUGAAUACACCCCUGCUGAACACAGCUCAAGAUGACCAAAUCUGUCAAACUUCAACAGCAAAAAAGCUAGGGAUGCUCCUCCUUUUCACCACCCGACAGAGGAGAGAAGAAAUGGCGAUGCUAGGAUCUUUUAGCUCCGCACAGCAGAACACAAAUGUUUCUGGGGGCGACAGGGACGGGACAGAGUUCGUAUGUCCGGUUUGUCUCGAGAUUUUCGAUAGCCCUGUCACAACACAAUGUGGACAUACGUUUUGUCAAAGUUGUCUGCAGGAGUGCCUGCGGCCCCAGAAGCCAGUGUGUGCCGUUUGUAGGGCACCAUUGGGCCACUGGGCCAAAGCCACUGACCUAGAGGCCCUCCUACACACCUCAAUGGCGGCCUGCAAGGGCUGUGGAGCACAGGUGGGCCUGUCCCAGAUGAGAGGCCACACGGCAGCAUGCUCCAAGUACCAGGAGUAUAUUGAGGAGGGGGUCAGGACCACUGCCCAGACCCAGCCUAACAUUAUUGGCCCUAUGCCGAACCGCUUCACUUUCUCAUGCCCCUACUGUAACUACCAGAACCUGGACCAGGACGGCCUGGUGGAGCACUGCACUUCCCAGCAUGCCCGGGACACGCGCCACGUGGUGUGUCCUAUCUGUGCCUCUAUGCCUUGGGGGGACCCCAACUACAGAAGCGCUGACUUCUUCCAGCACCUAAAGAUAAGACACACCUUCUCUUAUGACACCUUUGUGGACUACUCCACAGACGAACACACUAUGAUCCAGGAGGCUCUACAACGCUCCCUCAUGGAGAACUGAGGUGGUGUCUGCCUUGAGGAAGGAGGAAAAGGUGGCUUUGAGGGAAAAUAUAAUUGCACUGCACCAUCCUUGAACUGGGCUAGUGGUGUAACCAUAGGAAAAAGAAUAGUAAGGGUGGGUGACGACUGCAUAACCAGGAAGCUUUGAGGCUUACCAAGCAACUCCUCUUAUCACUUUACAAUUAUCAUUCCAACAUAAAUAAAACAAUACAAGUUAAAACAGUU